UCCCCCUGGAAUUCCCCAUUGUGUCACGAGAACAUUUCAAUCGUUGGUAUUCCCUUAGGGCCUAUUAUGUGGCAAUAACCCUUGCCGAUAUACCCAUACAAAUGGUGUGUACCACGGUCUAUAUAGUCAUAACAUAUUGGCUAACCGAUCAACCGGCUGACCUCUUUCGAGUGGUAUUAUUUUGUGUAAUGGUCUUUUUAACGGCAUUGGUGGGCCAGAGUAUUGGCUUGGCUGUGGGUGCCUCAUUGAGUAUAAAGCUGGCUGCCAUAUUGGGUCCCUUCUUCAUUUGCCCCUUCCUAACCUUCUCCGGUUUCUUUGUACAGGAAAAACAUGUACCCGAAACCCUUAAAUGGUUGUUUAAAACCUCAUUUCUAAAAUAUAGUUUUGAAGGUUCGGUCCUUUCGAUAUUCGGUUAUGAUCGACCCCGUUUACAGUGCAAUGCCAUGUAUUGUCAUUAUUCACGGCCUCAGGUCUUUCUCAAAGAUGUCGAUAUGCAGGAGGCGAAUUAUCAAAUGGCGAUACUUUUCUUGGUAUCGAUAUUUUUAGCAUUGCGUAUAAUUGCCUUUUAUAUAAUGUCAUUUCGAUUGCGUUUAUUUAGAUAG